CUCCUCUCCUCCAGAUGUUUGGGUUCAUUUCCCAGUCAGCUGAUUCAUUCGGAGCCGCUUAGCAGCAGAAUGUCGAUCCCGUCUCACCGUCCGGACCGCGUUUAAAAUGACUGCGACGGGACCGUGAGCCACCUGGAUCAGCACCGGGGUCUGGAUCAGCACUGGAGCCUGGGUCAGCACCGGGGUCUCCGGGUGUCUGUGCGUAGCAGCAUCGAGCAGCAGACUGAGUCCUCCUGCUUCUCUUCCUGCUUUCGGGAUUGUUUCCUCUCAUCUGAGACGUCCCCAGUGAGACGUCCCCAGUGAGACGUCCCCAGUGAGACGUCCCCAGUGAGACAGUCCCAGUGAACUGGAUUCAAUGAGGGAGCCGGACCUGGAGAACCAGCCCGAAGACAACAUGCCCCCCAAGUUUAAACGACACCUCAACGAUGACGAGGUCACGGGAUCCAUUCGCAGCGAGCGGAGGAACCUGUUGGAGGAUGACUCUGAUGAAGAGGAGGACUUCUUCCUGCGAGGACCCAGCGGGCCCAGAUUUGGACCUCAGAACGACAGGUUCAAGCAGGUGCAGUCACAGGUGGACGAGGUGAUCGACGUGAUGCAGGAGAACAUCUCCAAGGUGAUCGAGAGGGGCGAGAGGCUGGACGACCUGCAGGACAAGUCAGAGAGCCUCUCGGACAACGCGUCGGCCUUCAGCAGCCGAGCCAAACAGCUGCACAGGAGGAUGUGGUGGAGAGACACCAAGAUGAAGAUGAUCGUGGCCUUGGUAGUCGUUGCCCUGCUGCUCAUCAUCAUCAUUCCGGUGAUCCUGCGAUAUCGUUAGAGGGAGGGGCCUCCUCUCUCUCCUCCUCCACCUGCCCCCCAGCACAGAUGUCAUCAUUUGUAUUUUCCCUGCUGUGCAGAAACCUCGAUGCAGCCCCUUUAGUCAGAGUGAAGGCCCACCCCUACCUGUGAGACAUGUCCCACGUAGGAGUGGGCCUUGUCCUCACCAGGGACCUGCUGCAUAGAGGGGGGGGGGGUCACCAGAGUCUCUAAGUUCAGCUGCUGCAGCCUUCUAGAACUUCUGGAGCAGAAGCUCAUCCAUUCAGACUUAAUCCUGGAAUUCAAUCUCCUCUCAGACCACCUCUGGGUCUGGACCUCCUCGGCCCAUCUGCUUCUGUCUUUACUUUAUUUCCUCUUUUGAUGCUGGUAAUGAGGUCAUUGUGCUCUGCAUUAAUUACCUGUAUAACAUACUGUGUCAUUCUAUUAUUUGAUGUAAUUUAUUUGAGCUGUAAACCUGUGGAAUAAAGUGAUCUAAAGGGCA